GAUCGGAAAAUUUUGAAUUCUAGAACUGUGAUUUAGAGAGAGAAUGGGGCAUCGUUAUCUUCAAGAAGACCGUAAUCCGGCGGUAGACGGUGUAGCGAAUUUAUUUACAAAGGCCAGCCACGAUCUAUCACUCGUACACGAUAAGCUAGAGAAAGAGUUCAUAAAGAUUUACCCCAAUGAUGCGAAUCCGAUGAAGCUUGUGUCUCGGAUAAAGAAAGUAGAGGAAGAUCUGUCCACUUUGAAAGAUCAGUGCCGUGAGCUACUCGCAGCCAAACAGGAUUUAAUAGAUAAAGCCAGGAUGACCCUUGUUGGUAAUAAGUUGUCAGUACAAAGGAUGCAGUCCUCUUUGAACAUUCCUGUUGCAAAUGAUAAUGAAGAUCCAGCAUAUGCUAACUUCAAUCAGGUUAUUGAUGAAUGGACUGCCAGAGUCAAAUCUAAAACUGGGGAUAAAUCAGACUCUGAGGAUUUAAAUCAGUUGCUGUUUUCAGCAAUUGUGAAUGACAACUGAAACAUAACUCAUUAUACAUUGAGCCCAUUUCGAAAAACUUGUGGGUCUCGAUUUGGGUUUGUCUG